UCUUUGGAGACGUAACCGUCAGACACUGGCGGGUGGAAUAAUUUGAUCGUGCGUAAGAAGCCGCAAGAAGAGUGCGUGUUGUACUUGAUUGUAAGUGUGUGUGCAAGAUUUACGGGCGAAUUGCAUUCGUUAUUGUCGCUUCAGUGUGAAUAUUUUUUCUUUACGCAAAUUAACAGACGCAUUGGGCAGAAUUUUUUUUCUGAGACGAAAUUUGACAUUAUCGACAGAAGAGGUGGUUUGUUUUCUUAUUUGUAACAAGUUAUUGUUUGGAUCCACAACAUGUUAAGUGAUGAUCCGACAUUGGAACGGCAUUUCCGUGGACAUCGCGGAACCGUUACUGCUUUGGCUUUUAAUCCUGCGUCGAAACAGCUAGCUUCCAGUAGUGCUGAUUGCAAUUUAAUGGUAUGGAACUUCAAAAAUACCAUCAGAGCCUUCAGAUUUAUGGCACACAAAGCUGCUGUUACGGAUGUUUGUUUCUCUCCAACUGGUCAUCUGAUUGCUUCAUCAUCACUGGAUCGCACAGUUCGUUUGUGGGUGCCUACCAUCCAGGGUGAAGCAGGAGAAUUUAGGGCGCAUUCUUCUUGUGUUCGUUCUGUUCAUUUCUCUCCUGAUGGACAGCAUUUGGUUACUGCAUCUGAUGAUAAGACUGCCAAGAUUUGGGGUGUGGCACGCAAGAAAUUCAUUGCUACUCUCUUGGGACAUAAUAAUUGGGUACAAUGUGCUCGCUUCUCUCCUGAUGGACAAGCCAUUGUCACUUGUUCAGAUGACAAGACUAUAAGAUUAUUUGAUCACACGACUUCUCAGUGUGUUCAUACAUUUCAAGAACUUCAGGGUCAUGCUGUGUCUGUGGACUUUCAUCCCAGUGGCACAUGCAUUGGUGCUGCAAUGAACAAUGGAGUUGUAAAAGUGUACGACAUUCGAAUGCAUAAGUUGCUCCAGCACUAUCGUUGUCAUGAAGGUACUGUAAACAGAUUAGCUUUCCAUCCAUGUGGCAACUUUAUUCUAACAGCAGCUCAAGACUGCACUAUGAAGGUUCUGGAUCUCCUUGAGGGAAGGCCAAUCUAUACAUUACAGGGCCAUGACGGUCCUGUGACUGCUGUCACCUUCUCUGUCUCAGGAGGCUAUUUUGCUUCUGGUGGCGUUGAUCAGCAAGUCUUGGUUUGGAAGACAAACUUUCACAAGGAGCAUAUGCUCAUGGAGCAUCCCCAAGUGGAUUGUACUUUAAAAGAGUCUUAUUCAGAAGCAGCUUCUUUAGGUCACCAGGUUGAUGCUCGGGUAGCUGUUUCAAGUGAUACAAAGAAUUCGAAUGUUCAGGUUACAAACGUAGAAUCCACUCCAGCUCUUAUUCCCAGGCGAGACACCUUGUCUGACGAAGAAUCUUUCUGCAGUGUAUCAGGCACAAGGAAAGCAAACAGGGAAGCCCAGAGUAAAGAGGUGCCUAUCACCACACAACUAAAAGAUUUUUCACUUAAUGGUCGUGCUGGAAUUGAAAUGAACAAGGAUGAUGAUAUCAAGGGGAUUCUUGCACAUUUGUGCAGUCAAGUAGAAAAGUUGCAAAAAACUAUAAUGAUGCAAGAGAAGAGACUUUGUGCUGUGGAAGAUCUCCUGAAACAAACCACACUGAAUUCUUAGAUAAGUAGACAUUUGUGUUACUGGUAUUAAGGGUGUAUAUAAAGAAAUGCAGAUUGUGGUAUAUACAAGUAUUGGCGUAUUUCAAUUUUAGUACCAAAUGGUCUUGUCUGCCAGUUAGCAUCAAAGAUGCACAAUACAUAAAUCUUUACACAUUCACAUAUUAUAGUAGAAAUUCUACUCAUGUUGAAGAAUAAUAAUUAAGAAAUUUUGAUGCUUCCUUACUUCUUUUUAGAAAGCUAAUUCAUUUUAUCUGGAGAGGUAGCAUUAUAAAUGCAAAAUCAUUAUGUUAUUAACUCAAUUUUCAGAAUAUGGAGCUUCCUUUGUAAAAUAUUUGGUUUUUAAAUGCUGAGCAGUUUAAAAAUGUAUUUUUAAUCUCAAAUACUCAUACUGUGUGUGUUAGUGGUGAAAUAUGGGCAGAGUGAAUAUAUUGGAUUAGUUGUGCCCGGGAAUGGUUGUGAAGUAAUGCUGGAAAGAGAUAUUUCUUUUUUACUAUUUUUUUACUUAACAUGGUGAUGUUAAUCUUAACACCCAAUGUGUUUGGUAGUCAUAGCUGUGAUCGUUUAUAUUUUAAAUCAAGUUUGCUUCCAACUAAUUUGUAAUUAAACUGAUGGGAAUGAAUGUAUCAUCCAGUAAUCCUCAACCAGUUGCAAAGUCAUCAUAAUACUUGUGAAAUAAAUGUUAUUAAGAAAACAGACAAUAAUAUUUUAAAACAAGCUAUUAAGUUGAUACAUUUUAAUGUACUUGUAAGCUAAUUACAACCAAAAGAAUGUUUGGCAUCACUAAAUUUAAUCAUGAAAACAUUCAUUUACAUGCAAUCACUUCACUUCCAUCAUUUGUGAUUAUCUAAAAGUGAUAUGGGUUCAGAGAUCAAUGCACACACAAUUUUUGUUUCAUUUGUGAUUACUUGAAUCUGUUAGCUGAGCCUUCAAGUUAACUGAGGCAGUCAUCAGAAGAAGAAAAAAAAGCCACAAAGCAUUCCAUUGAAAAAUGGAAUAUCAUUGUGUAAAUACGUUGCUGUGGUAGUAGCAAAGUAAGGAUGAGCUCAUUUUAACAUCAAUUUAAGGAAUAUUGAGACUUUGCCAAUUUGAUAAUCAUUGGAUUCCUUGUCAAAUAAGAUUAUUCUUUUGUUGUUUUUUCAUAGCCAAAGUAGUGUCAGUUCCAAUCAUGAGUCCCUAGAAAUUCAUUAAAUUGUUUCUCGAGUUCUGACCAGAGUCCGAAAGUUCAGGCAUUUAUUUAUUUAAAGUAGGCAAGCAAAAAGGCAUUUAUUUUUACUGAAAUAAGCCUGGAAAAAGCAUUUAUUCUGGUUAAAGUAGGGAUGCAAAGAUGUAUGUAAACAAUGAAAAAUCACAUUUAAAAAGAAUUAUUGUGAAAAAAUAUAAUUAAAAUUCUUAUCUUAUUUUAAUCUGAAAUUUAUAUUAGCACGUAUAUGUAAUGAUAUUUUCCUUGAAAUCUUGAUUCCUCAUGACCACCUGAUAUGAUGACAAUGAAUUGCUUUUAUUAGCGAUUUUUUGAAAUGCUAAUUGUAAACAGUCUCUUAAAUAUUGAAAUGGGAUCAAUAAAAAUUGUAUUACAUUGUGUUCUAUGCAUUUGUGUAAUGCCUAGCCCAGAGAAGGGUAAACCAUAGAGAGAGAGAGAGAGCUGUCCUCAAAAGAAAUCAAAGGGCAUACUCAAAAGAAUAAUAGGAUUCUUCAUGAUCAGCAAAGCUUGUUGACAUCAAUGAAAAAAAUAGGAAAAUGAUACCAGUCAUUUUUUUCUCUCUUAAAUGUUUUUAACAUUAGCUGGCUCUGUAGCUUCUACUUUUACAGAAAGACUAAACACAAUUGUGCCUUGGUAUUGUCCAGGCUUGCAGGUAAUGUCCCGGCUUGCUUUUAAUUGAUGAAAAUCAGUGUCCAGAAGAAAGAAAACCAAAAUAAUUACAAAAAAGGAUGAAAAAGCAAAAGAUAAAUGUAGGCAAAAUAUAAAAAAUAGACAUCAGAAGCUAAAAUUGGCAAAAUGAAACUAUGAAAACUUGUACAAUUAAGUGAUUCCUAUCAUUAAAACUCAUAGAAUCGUAACGGUAAUAAUACUGCUACCAUGUUUCAAAACUUCUGGUUAUGACUUUUCACAACAAUAGCUUCAAACAAACAUUGGCAAAAAUAUUGCAAAUAUUUAUUGUCUUAUAGUGCCUUCAUGAAGCACAACACGAAAAUCUAAAUUGAAAAAUGCAUGGUCAGCUCUCAGAAUUCAAAGUAGAACUUGUAAAAAGCAUAGCAAAUGUACCUCCAUUCAAACAUCUGUACUGGUAAUUGUGAUUCACAACUGAAGAUUCUUGACCAAGAUUCAUGGUAACUGUGCGGGUGACACAAAAUGAUGAUGAUAGGGGGUGAAAGGACGAACACAAUACAACCAUGCCCGAGGUGGGACUCGAACCCGCGAUCCUUUGGUCUGAGAUUGCUACGGCACUACUGCCUUCUGAUUGCCAUCUGAACCGGCAAUUUGUUUUUGGUAUUUGGGAAUUAUUGCACACUGGUAAGGAUUAAUUGAAACUAAUGUAGGAUAAUACAUUAUUCCAGAUCAGAAUUUAAGUUGUAUGUUUUGCUCAGUGUAUAAACAGUAUUUAUUAAAAGAACAUAAUAUGUUAUCAGUGAAAGAGC